AUUUGACCGUAUGCAACGCUGCUGAAUAAAAGCCGCCUUGUUUUGUGUAAAGACGCAGCUGCGACGUUCCUCCGAGUCUGAUCCACUCUACGACCCAACCAGACACGCUCUAGCUAGUGAUCUACUACUUAGUGAACUAGGGCUCCAUUUGGGACACACCCCGUGCCCGAGUGGCCCCAGCUCUCCACACCACUCCGCCACGCGCACCGCGCGCGUGAAGCCUCCUUCAGUCUGACCGUCAGCUCCGGGGCAGCAUGACGCGCGUGCGUCAGCCCAAGCGCUUUUGGAGCCGUUUAAAGCUGCACGAGUAGUUGGGUCCUCCUGAAAAGGCGAGCGCGUCUUGCUUUUUUGACGUCUUCGUGGUUUUUUUUCUCUGGCGCGCGGGAUGAAGAGGAGACCCGGGAGCGCGAGGACGGAGCGGGUCGAAGAAGCCGCACCGAGGGAGGUUUGAGAGAGAGAGAGAGAGAGAGAGAGAGAGAGACCACGCUCCACCGCUUUUUCCGGUGUGUCUGAUGGCGGCUCGCGCCUCUCCGGGACUCGCGCUGCUCGCGCUCACCGUGGGGGCCGUGUUGUGCGCAGAUGUGGAGGAGCGGUUAAUUAAUUACCUCCUUUCUCCUGAACGCUACAACAAGCUGAUACGACCAGCUGUGAACAAGAGCCAGCAGGUGACCAUUGCCAUCCAAGUGUCUCUCGCUCAGCUCAUCAGUGUGAACGAGAGGGAGCAGAUUAUGACCACCAACUGCUGGCUCAAUCAGGUGUGGAAUGAUUACCGAUUGAUGUGGGACCCAGAGGAGUACGAAGGGGUCAGGAAAGUCAGGCUUCCGUCCCAGCACAUAUGGCUGCCAGACAUUGUUCUUUACAAUAAUGCUGAUGGGACAUACGAGGUGUCUUUCUACUGCAAUGUUGUUGUGUCCAGCAAUGGUGAGGUUUCAUGGUUACCGCCAGCAAUCUACAAGAGUGCCUGUAAAAUCGAGGUGCGGGACUUCCCUUUCGACCAGCAGAACUGCACGCUCAAGUUCCGCUCGUGGACUUACGACCACACCGAGAUCGAUCUGAUCUUGCUGUCAGACUUUGCGAGUCGUGAUGACUUUAAGCCUAGUGGCGAGUGGGACAUCAUAUCCCUGCCAGGCCGAAAGAACGAAGACCCUAACGAUGCCACCUACGUGGACAUCACAUAUGACUUUAUCAUUAAGCGUAAACCACUGUUCUACACCAUCAACCUCAUCAUCCCUUGCAUUCUUAUUACAUCUUUGGCCAUACUGGUCUUCUACCUGCCUUCCGACUGCGGUGAAAAGAUGACGCUUUGUAUCUCUGUUCUUCUGGCCCUCACCGUCUUCCUGCUACUUAUCUCCAAAAUCGUGCCACCAACAUCCCUGGCUGUUCCCCUUAUUGGCAAGUACCUGAUGUUCACAAUGGUCCUGGUGACCUUCUCAAUUGUCACGAGUGUUUGUGUCCUGAACAUUCACCACCGUUCUCCGAGCACACACACCAUGCCCCCGUGGGUUAAGCGCCUCUUCCUGCACCGCCUGCCUGCCUUCCUGUUCAUGCGAAGACCAGGGGCGUCUAACAUCCGGGAAAAGUUCCGGCGCAAGCACCAGCAGCGAUCAUUUUCGGAGUUGCCUACUAAAGGAGAGCAGGAUGCCUCUGACUCCACGUUCUUCGUGAAUGAAGACUCGGCUAAGCGUAUGGGCUGGAGGACCAACGAUCUGCCAGACAAUGCGGAGCUCCGCAAGCGACUGGCGGUGAAGUGCUCAGUGGACAUGGAGGAGGCUGUGGAAGGUGUGAGAUACAUCGCUGACAAGAUGAAAAGCGAGGAUGAUGAUGAAGGGAUCAUUGAGGACUGGAAAUACGUGGCCAUGGUAAUAGACCGGCUCUUCCUGUGGAUCUUUGUGUUGGUGUGUGUUGCUGGAACUGUUGGCCUGUUCAUGCAGCCUCUCUUCAAGAGCUACAACACUCCGGUGGUGGAGAACACGGAGUGACGCACAUAGACAUAUGAAAACCAGCUCCUGCUUUCGCCAGUUCUGAAAUCUGCAGCUCCUGAGCUGGAGCAAAAAGGCUUACUCACUGUUUGAACAUGCAGGUCAGAAAGUACAGGGAUCAAAUCACAAAGCUUCAACACAAUCACUCAACACUGCACACUGAACUCUCCACAUUUGGCAACUAAAAAUGAACUGUACUACAGUCCCAUACUAUGCCCAAGUACAACAACUAAUCGUGGCGUCCAUACAACAAUCUCCUCACCACUCUCAACACUCCAAAAUGAACUGUCAACCACUAUAAUAAACAGACUGUUAGCACAAUACCUCCACCACCCCAUGUCAGUAAAAAUAUUCAGAUGCUAGGUCAUAUUUAUUGGUUUGAAAGUGCAGAGUGAUGGACAAAUAAAUUAGUCAACACACCACCUGAACGGCUGUCACUGUUAUUCAAUUAAACCAGAUUACUUGAUUGAAAAAAGUUAGCAAUUAAAAUUUACUUCCUUGGUUAAUCUGCAAUGAUUAGUUGCCAAUUUACUUGAUGAUAAUACAAACAUGCAUAAAUUCCUCUACUGAUGUUUCAGUAAAAAAAUUCAGAAAAUUUUCAACAUAUCUUUAUAAUUCAGUUGUUGAGAUGUAAACAAAGCCAUGUAGAGUAGUUUGAUGUGAACUAGUUUGUUGAAGAGAAGCAUAUAGACUGAGGUCUCUUUACAGUGGUGGUGAUAGGAAACAGGGGUCAGCAUGUCUACAACACAAAUAUGGCUUUUUUAUUCACUGUACAAAACCACCAGUGAACCUACAUGAUUUAAAUAUAUAUAUAUAACAUUUAUUUUCCCAAUCUUCUCCCAAUUAAGACCCACCCAGUAGUCCUGUCAACCCAGACAGCGAGGCCAUUGUGCUGUCUUGGACUCCUGGCCACGGAUGGCUGUAGCAUCACCAGCUUCGGACUCCCAAUCUCCUAAUGAUAGGGCCCAUGUUUUGAGGACUACUUUGCCUAACAACCUCCUGCAUGUACCCCCCCACGAUACACCAUCCAAAGCUUCUCAAACUAUCAUAGGUUUCAGGCAGACUAUUCAUAACCUCAUUCAAAAUCUCAUGUUUUUAGAGGUAAUAAACUCUUCAGAUGAUAGAUUUCUUUCACCCCCACUGUGAACAGUUCUGAUGGAGCAUUGCACAUCAAAACCCCUCCAAAAGACUUCGUUUAAUUCUGGUUUAAAAACCCUCUUGAGUACUUAAAUUGAUUACCCAUUUAAAUUCACAUUAGACUUAACUACUAAUUUUGAGCAAAAGUACAUAAUAAGCACUUAUCAAUUGGUUCGCACUCUGAAUCACAGUCUUUUAUUCAGUGAUGGUAAGCACAUUAGCACGUAGAAAGCUCUGACUCUACAUGCUGAUACAUUUCACUGUGGUCAACAUGGACAUACAUGCACUAUAACUGCAGAUUUAAUGUCUCAGAAUGGAUUGACAAUGAGAUGGUUAGUUUGAUCAUCAAAAAACUGCAAAAUAAACUGAUUUCUAUUAUAAUUUAUAUCAUCAUAUAAAUUAUAUCAUAUUAUAAUUUUUCAUCAGGUCUGAUGAAAAGAUCUUUUUAAGAAGUAUUGAGACAUUUUAUAAUAUUCAAUAGCAGUUGACUAACUGAGAAGUAGUGUAACACCAAACAAUAUUAAAAUAUAAUGUGAGUGUCUCAUGCUCUCUAUCAGUUAUUAUUUCAAUGCACUUGGCCCAGUCAGGAUCCUUUCCUAUGUCACUCACACAAAUGUGAUAUAGAUACAUUACGCAUACAGCAAACACAAAGGACACACAAACAGACAGUUACAACCACUGAAGUGCUGUUAUAAUAAACCUCUCACACGGUAACAAAUAUAACUCCAUUCAGUGACAUGCCAACGUACCUCUUUUAACCAACUGAACUUUCUGAUGUUUGAUAUUUAUACAAUACAAAUGAGAGGUACAGGUACUACACACUCACAUGCAUGCACUGUACACACCUGCACUUGACUCUCCUAUCUGUUCUCUUCCCCAUUUGAGUUAAAUCAUGCAGUUACUGCUGUUUUUGUUAUAAAUUUUUUUUUCCAGAUUAAUGGCAGCAUUGAUUUAUUGGCCGCUUGCAAGGUCAGAUGAUGAUGGAAUGUCUCAGAGUUACAGGGAAGACUGAAUAUGUAGAUGAUAUCAUUUGACAUUGUAAUAGCAUUAAGAAAAUAAAGUAUUAGAACAUGCAAAUCAUGGAAAAAUA